GCACGACCCAUUAGAUAUGAGUUUACAUCAUACACACCAUAUCUUACCCCAGAGAUACUCCCAUUUUUUUCACAAUUCCCCACCCAUAAAGGAACCUUAACCUCUUGGCCCAAUACCUGGAAUACCUCUGAGAGAAAACGGCCACACUCCCUAUCUAGAAAACUAAUACGAGCAAGGAAACAUGGAGAGCGAUGGAUUUGUUCCAAUUCUUGCAAUCUUUUAUGCUGUUUUCCAUCCAACAGAGGGGACAAAGAUUUUACAUCAAGUUCCUGAGAACUCAAUCUCAACUCAAACAGGAGGAGUAAGUCCAACCUCUCACUUCUUCAACUUUGAUACUGUGAAGAAUUACGUCAUCCCAAAGCCUCAGCUUUGUGAUAAACUUAUUCUGUUUAAGAUUGGACGAUUUCAACUUAUGGGGUAUCCUGUCAACAUACAGAACCCAGACUAUGCCAGAAACUCCUUCAGUUUCAACUUUUGCUUUGUAUUUCCAUAUGAUAGUGAUACAACUCCAUACGAGCUCUGCAUUAGGCGGACUGGGACGAUGUUUCGAGUUCUUGAAGAACAGAAUGGGUUGUUAUCUAAAUUGGAUCCAAUGUUGAGAAGAAGCCCCGUAGUGAAAGUUGGAGAGGGUAAGAAUGAUGACAACAGCGCUGGAGGUGGAGGCAUCUUAGAUAGCAUUGUGGGAGAAAAUUCUGAUGUAAAGCAUGGGUCAAUCCCUGAAGAACCUUUGGACGAUACUAUAACCUCACAAUUAAGCAAACUAGCAGACGAAAAGCCAGCAUCACCUUCACCGGAAGACCCUUCCAAUCAGACUCCCAGAGGACUUAGUAGCAACGAUUUGACACCAUCGUUUGACCUACCCGGACAUGCGAAAUCUCGUAAAAUUACUCUUACUUCUAUUGCAUCACUCAUCCAACAAAUCUAUCAAGAUCUCAAUAACUAUUCAGAAUGUUGUAUUCCCCUCGAUUCUGCAAAUUCUGUUGAUAUUAAACUUUUUCCAAUUCUACCACCGCCAUUAAAUAUCAAGGCGUUCCAAGUCCCCAUAUCUACGGUAGACCUUGACUCGCUUGUUGACGUCAAUUGGGACCCUACGAUGCUCAAGAUUCUCCCAUUUAUCAACGGGCUCAACCUGAUCAAGCGAAUUUCACAACUAGCAGACUCCGACUACUUACUCACCAAACAAUGUAUUCAGCAUCUUAUGCAUUACAAGUGUAUUGAAAUUGUCGAUAUAUUCCAAUUCAGCAAUAUUUACGCACCAACAAAUCAUGUUGGGAACUUUCUUAAGCUUGGAGGGUUAGCAGCGGAAUGCCAAGCUUAUACAAUCACUGACAGUGAUAUGAGUAAAUUACCUCUACGAGCUGGAGCAAGCAGCACUACGAGUUUUGCUGAGAAGAGUACGAAACCUUCUGAAUCAACAAAUGGUGCAUCUAGAGCAACCCCGAUGGGAUCUUCCCCCCUUUCUGUUUCUCCAUUAUCAAGGUCAUAUCUUCAACGCAGACAGAAAAAUACCCCUAGCGAACUGAUUGGAACCCCCAAGUAUUCAAACUCUGGCAAUUUUGGCCUGAGUAGGGCAUCAGGAUAUGGAGGGUCUGGAUUCUCCUUAUCUUCAAACUUGACAGUAACAUCGAAAACGACACUUUUCUACCUUUAUCGGUCAUUGAACCAGGGUCAAACAUUGAAGGAAUGGUAUGCACAACAUCGAAAGCUCUUGGUUAAUGUUGAUAUUCGUCGGUUCAUUAACUUUGGAGUUCUACAUGGCUUAAUUUAUAGAGUGUAUUCAUACCCAAUUCUUAAUAGAUCCAUUGAAACGUCUUCCAAUGAAUUAAUUGAGCUUAUGGAAGCGCUCAACACAGAGAAAAUGGCUCUGGUACUGUCAUAUGGGACAAUAAUUCAAGAAUCAGUGUCAGGAGAGACUAUUAUAACAACAACUCAAGGUAAGGGAAACGGGGGGAAAUAUAUGAAGAACACAACCAAUGAGACUAAUUUGAAAACUGGAAAAUCACAUAGGAGGGUAUCUUUCAAUUAUAAUGUAGACAAACCACGAUACUCUGUGAAGGAUAUACUUGGUAGUGACAAUGAUAGGAAUGAUGAUUCCGAUGAAUUUGAGUACGAUUCAGACAAUUCAAGUUCCGCUCAGAACAAUGAUAUGAAUAAUAUAAAACCAACCAAUAGAUUUGGUAGCAGUCUUAAUGAACAAACCGAUUACAUCAAAUUGAUAAAGCUUUUAAAGGGAUAUCAGCAUUUCGAUUCUAUUUGCACAGAGCUACAGAAAUCAAGAAGUGAAGUUGAAAGAAUGCUUGAAAAUUUGGGAUCUUUCAGUGUGAUAAAUAGUUGAGUUGCAUAUUAUUUAUUCUUGUAUAUCUAUAGAGUUUUAUCAUUAUUAGUAUUUUAUUUCUUGGGCAUAGUUCGUUUUGUUAU